UUCCGAUCAGACGGCAAAUGAGCAAGGAGGAACCACAGGGCCAAGCCCCCAAGCUAGGUCAUACGAGUGCAUCUUUUGCAAGAGAGGUUUCUCUAAUGCUCAAGCCCUAGGAGGGCACAUGAAUAUCCACCGAAAGGACAAGGCCAAACUCAAACAGCUGGCAGCCACCACGAGCUCGAAACUGAGCAGCGAAGCCCAGCUCGGCUUCAGUCAGUCGGUGGACAUUCCAAGGUUGCCCUCCUUGUAUUUCUCUCCAAGUAUUGAUAUUGCUUCGAAGCAAACCCAGCCCUUGCUGUCCAUGGCCCCUAAGAUCAAUGAUCCCGAGACGGACAAAUCAUUUAAUUGGCCUCGGUUUCUCCAUCGACAGGAGGAUAGUCAUGGCGACAGCUUUAAUGUCGAUCAUCGCGAAUAUAGGGAACUGCCAGCUGUUUAUUUUGAAGAUCAAGUUCCAAAAAGUGAAGAUCAAGAACCAGAUACUCGAGUUUUAUUACCAGAGAAUGAUGCCGAGAAGGGUGAAGGUGAUCAAUCGUUGAGACAUGGAGACGACUCGGGCUCUACUGAGGUCGAUCUUGAGCUCAGGCUGGGAUCAUCUCCAUCACGGGGUACCAAAAAGUUCUUUUGAAAUUACUUAGAAGUGUGCGGUAUUCUCUAUAUUGACGCAUUAGUAUUUUAUCCGUAAAUAUGUCUUGUAACUGUGUUCAUUUGCGUGUAUUACUGCAUACAUUGCAGUUUGCUUCUUAAUUAUUAUCUUGCGUGAGAAAUUAAAUUCAAAUACAGAACUCAUAGGUUGGUUUGUGCAUAUAUUGCUUUUUGGUGUGAAAGAAAAACAGUAUCGAUUCUUUAAUUG